AAACCCACACACACGAUAGGGGUCCUAGCAACAAAACACCAAAAAUUAAGCUUCACUCUCACAACUUUCUGCUUCCUGUGUCCACGCACCACACCGGCCGCUUUCACCAUCUCUAGCUUUUUCAUCGAUCUGUUUUUGCGACCUUAAUUGGUUUUCUCUUCCCCUUUUUAAGCUUUGAUACACACACCGCGCCAUACCCAGUCGAAAUGGACACACUCCACCUCUUGCUGUGAAGAUCUGUUCCAUUUCCAGUGUAGUCCCUGUCCCACAUGUGAGAGGAACCGAUCUAGCAAGCGAAUGAGGAAGAUGAUGAAGAAACAGUAGCAGUGGCAGUACCGCUAGAACUAGAACUAGCUAGAUCUCCUCUCUUACUAGCUAGAAGCUUGUACAAACAAUGCACCACAGAUGCUACCUUACCCUAACCCUCACCAUCAUUUCGGCGUCUCCCAAGAGCCCCCGCACCCAAACCCUACUACCGGCUUCCCCAUGCUUCCGCGGGGCGCGCAUCUGGAUCAGCGCUACGUGGACCAUCACUUCUUCCCCGGCCACGGCCACACCAACUCCGAAACCCUGGAGGCGGUGCUGAGGCCGACGCGCGCCGCUCCAGAGUGCGAGGCCGCCGUAGUGACGGCGCCACCGCAGGGUGGAAGUGGAAGACGAAACGGCGCCGUGCCUGCCGCCGGCGGCCAGGGCCAGGGCCACGCCCACGCCCACGCCCGGGCGCCGCGGAAGCGGCCGUUUCGGACGGACAGGCACAGCAAGAUCCGGACGGCGCAGGGCGUGCGCGACCGCCGGAUGCGCCUGUCCCUCGACGUCGCGCGCGACUUCUUCGCGCUGCAGGACCGGCUCGGCUUUGAUAAGGCCAGCAAGACGGUGGACUGGCUGCUCACCCAGUCCAAGCCGGCCAUCGAGCGGCUCGCCGCCACCACCGAGCCCUCACAGAGAAGCGUCGGCGGCAGCGACGACGCUGCUUUGUCACCCCCGACGUCAGGGGUGGCUGAUGGAUCAGGUAUGAGGGGAGGUGUUGCGGAGAAGUUGGGUUCCAGAAGUGGGGGGUCAGCGGCGUCCAUGGAGAUGGAGAUGGAGCACGCCUCCGAGCUGGACCGCCUCGUGUCGGCCGCACCAGUGCUUCGUCAGUACUACUACGGCCUCAGCGAGAUGAUGAGCAACGACAACGGAGGAGAUGGCGAUGACGACGGUGAGUACGAGGAGGAAGACGGUGAUUUCCUCGACGGUAUGAAAUAUUAGUAUGUAGUUAUGUGUACUAGCUAGCAGCUUGCAUGGUUUCUACGUAGUACUAGUAGCCGCUGGCAGCUUACCUAGAGUUAAUCCUUUAUUUGUCAAGCACUUCUUCACUAUCGUUUUUUUCCUACUAUAUGCAUUUGUACUCCUUUAAGUUAAUGCUAUGUGUCACAUGUUACUCUUGUUCUUUGUUGUUACUAGUAGCAGUAUAUGUAAUAGAAAUGUGCUCCGCUUGCUUUCGAUUUU